GAGAGAGUCCGUUCCUUCGGGUUUGUGAGGGAGGGGUGUUUGGUGUUUCCCCCAAACUUUGGGCAUUUGCAACCUUUGGGACUGUGUGAGGACUCUGGAAUCGAAGCUGGUUGAUCUAGGUUGUCACGGAGGUCAACCUACCAUGGUAGCAACGUUGUACAGCCGAGCCAGUUUGCAUUCAGUUCGGUUUCUCCCUCGUCGCUUUUGGGCUUCGAGGUUUCAUGAAUUUGGUUUGUUUCACGGCCAGCUGCUGCCCAUGGUGAAUGAAGAGGCUUUCAAUUCUCGGUUUCAUUUUUAUUCUUUUUAUUCUUAGUGGCCUGGUGCUGUUGCUGCGACAAAAGUUGCGCCGAGCACUCCAAAAGGGUCCCAGGGUUUGCGAGGAUUUGGGCUACGACCUGCCGCGGCAGCUUCGGCAGGUGCUGCACCGCUCGUUCCAUCGCGAUGAAAUUCAAGUCGCCCAGAGAGAGGCCGGUUUAGGAGUGGCCACGCGGCAACAGGAGCCUAUGGCUGUUUGGCUCGUGGGCCCCUCAGCGGCUGGGAAAUCCUUCAUGGCCAGGGAGGUGGCGAUGGAUCUGGGCAUAUCUCCGAUGAAUCAAGGCAGUACUGAUGCUGUUCUGGUGGACGGUCACACCUUUCGGAGCGCUCAUGGGGGUUACCAGGCAGUGGUGGCUGAAGGUUACAAGCUGCAGUGUGUAUGGCGCCAGGCUUAUCCCGCUUUGCGACAGCAGUUGCAGAAGCAGAAGCAUCGUCUUCUGCAAGAAGCUGCCCGCAGAAAACUGAAUGUGGUCAUCCCACAUACAUGCUAUUUGCUGUCGGAGUGUGCAGCUUGGCUACGCAGCCUACACCGACAUGGCUACAAGAAUCAUGUCGUAAUGGUUCUUGGGGAUCGGAGCGUUGUAGAAAGUUGCGGCAUAGCUCGUGCACAGUUAUCCGGCAAGCGAUAUGCACGAGAAGAAUGGGAGGCCACUGUCAGUAGUGGGUUUGAGAUGAUAGCACUAGCCACUGGAUAUGCGGAGCUUGUGUGGACAACGCCGAGGACAAGAUGGAUUGUGAAGAAGGGCAAGCCAUCUGACGUUUUGUCAGAGGCCAGCGAACGCGGUUGGUUCUUAUGAUUUCCGUUCAAUCUGUCAACUUUUGUCAGUGGCGGAUGCGAAGUGCUCGUCGCCCAGCAGGAACCUGUGCAUGCU